CCAAAAUGCUUUACGUGUUAUCCACUAUACUGGUUCGCACUAAAAGACAUUAUGGCAGCUGCGUUAUCUCGUGCGCUGAAAUUACCUGGAAAGAAAACCCAUGACUUGGGAGAGUAUGACCCUUUGACCCAAGCUGACAGUGAUGAAAGUGAAGAUGAAUUGGUGCUGAACUACUCCAAGAAUGGCUUCACACAGAAUGGUGCUGUGACCAGUGAGCCCCGAUCCACCGCGGUGAGUUCUGGCCAUCGCCCAGCAGCAGGUUUAACGGAAGAAGUGCACAAACAGCAGUCACAGAGAUGGACCUUGGAAGAAAAGCAUGAAGUGGAGCCGGUCUCUGACUCAAACACCAAGGCCCAAACUGGAGUAGUGCCUGUUCUGCGCACCGCGGCUUUCUUACUGACUGUCUUGACGUGCACAUUGCUGGUGCUGUUGUGCGCUUUUCUCAUACCCUGCAGACCGGAUGCAUUUUGGCCAGCACAAUGGAACAAAAGCUUUGAACAGCCAGGCGAGGUUGCACUGCCUCCAUUAGAAAUAUGGGAUGUAGACAACAACAGCAUCCCUGAUGUCCUCAUUUCCAUGUCCCUGCCAAUCAACGAGAGCAAUGGGAGAGACGAAAAUUCAGUGUUUGUGGUCAGAGCUCUGUCUGGCAUCGAUGGAGAGACCCUGUGGACUCAACCCAUCCCAGAAGAAGUGCGCUUCAUUCAGUGUGGAUUGCAGGGCUUAGGAACAGGGACUGAAGAUGUAUGCCUUCUAAUUGGCACUACUCAACUACUGAGAGCCGUCUUUGCAAGAACAGGUGCCACGUUGUGGGAAAUUAAGGCUGGUUUGGUGCAGGAAGAGAUUGUUGCUCCUGCUCUUCAGGUGAUGGAUUUAGAUGAAGACAGCAGGCCUGAUCUGCUGGUGACUGUUCUGCCUGCAGACGAGCAGUUUGACAUCUCCUUUCUGCUCAUCUCGGGAGCAAAUGGGUCUCCAGUUGGUGCCCCAGUGUCCUUUAACUUGACUGGCCAGGGGAAACUUAUUGGACCACAGCUGCAUGUAACCAAAGGAGGGGCACACUACAUUUUGUUUGGCUAUGGCAGCGUGGAAGCCACUUCUUUGAGGGACAUAUUCAUUCAGGCAAACAAGAAGGCAGUACUGCCCCAAAAUCUGCGUCCCCGGGAACAGAGCUGGGAGAAGCUGAGAAGAGUAAACUCCUCCAAUCUUAUCCAUAUUUUCAGUGGUCUGGUUGAGCACCUGGUCUCGCUGUCCCUCACACCAGUAAACUGCAGUGAUCUUCUGGUGGCCUCCAAGUCACGUCUGUCUUUGCUGAAAGGUAGAGACCUGCAGCUUCGCUGGAGCACUCCAAUCCACAGUCUUCACAGCCCACCUACAGUUGGCAUUUUCAAUGAAGACAAGACUCCAGAUAUUCUGCUUCAAGAGUCAUUCGACAACGGGCUCAAGAAGGUUCUGAUCAUUGAUGGUUACACCGGGCAGAGUCUGUGGCAGGCAGUGUUUGUUUCGCACCAAAGAGAUGUAGAAGGGACAUCCAUCAUGACAUCUACUGGCCAAACAGCUUUUCUCUUCUGGGGUGGAGCACUUCAUCCAGGAAAGAAUGGAUCCACAACUGUACCUGAAUCCAGUCAAGAUACCGCAGGCCUGCAGCACUUGUACCUCCUCCAUCCUAUGUACCCCACAAUUCUACUGGAACUCACCUCCAAUGCAGACCAUGUUGUGAAGACAGCAGUUCGGUCCGUAGCACAGAAGAAGGAUGGCUUUUACGUUUCCAUAGCGACACGACCGAGUCUAAAUGCAUCCAUCCGCAGGCCAAGAGAUCAAGUGGUGAACAGGCUCAGCUUGAAAAAGGCUGUGGCCCACAGCAAAAUCGUGACAAUUGCUGCGCCUUCGCAUAUCCUCGGCCCUUUUGAAGUGAGGAAUUUUUUCAGCAAAUUGAAUUUUAAAGAGCAGUGAAAGACUUGCCUGAUUGGCCCACCGAAGCAGACUGCAAAGAAUUCAAUUUGUAUGUUUCCAUGGAGCACAAAAUGAAGACUGGAAGCAAACCUCUGUCUGUGACUAUAGCAACAAGAUGCUGUUCUGUCUGUUUUCUGCUGGAUUCAUUCAUUUAUUCCUUUUUUUCUCUAAAAUUGUACAUCUUUUUAACAAAGAAAGUUUAGCACUUUAGUAGUCACAAGGCACUAGAAUAAGACGUAAGAGAGAGAAACUUGAAAAUCAUUCUGAACUAUAAAGCUGAUAAGCGGCCACAGAGGAUCAGCAUUUAAUGUCACGCUGGCUACAUUGUCCAGUACGAUGGAUAAUUAACCAGUCCAGUAAUACUGGCUGACAGGUUGAUUACUGACUAGGAAAAAACUAAUGUGGUAUUACCAAACUCAACGUCUUAGUACACUCUAAAUAGUCCUUGGCAUUCAGUGCGGUACUGCGGAGUGUCUUCUGCCAUUGGACAGAGGAUGUGACCUGGUAUUUCUAGCUGGCCCAGCCUAGGUGACUAACCAGGCUGGUAUUACUAACCAGGUGAAUUCUAAGUCAUUUCUUUCAUGAAACAAUGCAAACCACUAACAACAUUUUGGUCUAGUCUGACAUUUUUAAUCAAAGUAGCUCCAGUCUGGUAUUACUGGCCAGGGACACUUUCUAACCAGACAUUACUGCAGCAGCUAGGGAGGCUGAGGCCUGCGAUUACUGACCAAACAGGAUCUCUCUCAUCUGAUAUUACUUAUGAGGGAUGUUACAGUCAAGCAAAUAGUCAGGACCUUCUAAUCUAGUAUUAUAAAGGCAGGUGGGUAGGCGAUGAUGAUGAUGUUCUAGUCCAGUAUUGCUAAUCAGGGAUCUUUCUCAGUAUUACUUAACCAGUGAAGUUCUCAUCUGUUAUUGCUCUCUAGGGAAGGCCUAGUCCUGAAUGAUCAAUUAUGGAAUUUUUUUCUAAAAAAUAGUGAGACAAGGGUCUGGCAUUCUUGACCACUGCAAGUCUAACAUUGCGUGAUUGGCCAGAGAGACUCAUAGCCCAGUAUUACCAGUCAAUGAUUCUCUAACACAUUAAGAAUUAGAAAUGGUCCACUCUGGCAUUACUGGCCACAAAAGCUAUAGGCUGUUAUUACUGAACAUUGUAAUUCUUCUCAUGGACCACAGCAAAUUAUUAGUGGUGUUCUGAUCCAUGAUUAGGUAUUAUUGAUCAGAGAUGCUCCCGUGUGAUAUUACUGAUCAGGGACAGUCUGAUCAAGUGUAACUAUGGAGGUUGUAGUCUGACAUACCAACCACACAAUAGUAUGUCACAUUGCUGACCGGUGAGGCACACAUCUGAACAUCUUACUACUGAACCAUGAAGUUCUAACGUAGAAUAUUACCAACUAAUUAAUUAUGUGUUACAAAUCCAGCUGGAUUUAGCCUUGUAUUGCCGGGCACUCUCUGAUCCACUUCUGCUAAUAUAAUAAUCUGGCAUAAGUGAUCAGAAUGGCUUCCUGCUGAUAGUACUGACUAUCUCGGUUGAAUUGAUUGAACUGAAUUCAAAGCCUGAAUCACAUUAUGAAUUGUAUUGUGGGAUAUGUGUAUUGUCUCUAGCCUACUAGAGAGGCAUCCUCACUAAACUGUUAAAUUCCAAUUUGACAUUACUGACAAUAAACAGGCAAAGGAAGCUAAGGUGGUCUGAGUUGGUGUUACAGACCAGUAAAAUUCUACUUUGAUAUUCUAGUCCAGCAUUACCAAUUAGGGAGGCUUUAGUUGAAAUUUAUUAUUCAUACUUCUAGCCCACUACUAUUAACAAGGGAGUUUUUAGCCAAAGUUUGCCCGUGUGAUCAUUUCUAGUCUACUGUUUCUUAACUGGGGUGGUUCGAUCUGCCAAUACUGACCAGUGAAAUUCUAAUCAGGUCAGGAAACUCCAGUCCAAAGCUAACCCUUUAGUCAUAUUUGUCCAAGGUGAGAUGUAAGAUACUAUAUCUAACGAGAGGUUCAAGUCUGGCAUAACUGAUCAUUACUACAGGAACCAGGGCUGCAUCAGCGAGCAGACAGACUCUAGUCGGACAUUACUGACUGGGAGGAGGAGGAGGCACUGGCACAGCGGCGCUUAUCAAACAGAUGCAAACACACAACUGAUCUUCAUCUGGUAGAAGUAAUAUCAAGACUUACUUGUUUUAUGUUGUAGUAUUUAUUGAUGUAUUUAUUUAUUAUUUAUUAAAAAUAGAACCUUAAAUGUGGAACAUUAGCUGUUUUGCAUUUUUGUAUACAAUAAAGUUGAUGCUCAUGUACUGUCA